AUGUAUCCUGCACCCUUCGAAACACACAUUCUUGGGCCACAGUCAUGCUUCAUCGGGCAGAACGACAAAUCUCCUCCGUGCGAUAGCUUGACAGAGGAGCAAGUCGCUUCAAUCGGAGCCGCGGAGCAGCGCUGGAAUAACUCGGAUAUCGAACAUGGGCUACCUUCCCGCAAUUGCACUGACAGCUGGGACAUGACUGUACAUCCGAACUUCAUCGGCUCAGACGACAAGCCAUCGAUUCACUUUCAUCCCUCGAAACACCUCGUUGUAUGCUCUAUUCAAGUCUUCCUCAAUCUAAACUUCACCUUCAACACCAACCAGUCGAAUUGGGAUUUCAACUACGUCUCUGGGCCCGAUCUCUGGAUGCUAGUGUACGACGGCAACGCAAUGGACGCUGCUACAGCUUACACCACCGGAAACGGCGAGUAUACGCUCGUCAACGUCGAUUCCACGACCACAGUCACCAUGGAUCCGGUCUACAUCCAGUAUCGAAAUGGAACAGCUACAUAUCAAUAUCAUGUCACCUUAAACCGAACACCCAAUGUUUGA